AAGAAUCGGUCAGUUUUGCUCCGACCGUUGCGGAUAGCGGACGUGUCGACAAAUUUCCUUCAAAAGCCGGCAAACGCGAGUGCCCGGGAACAUAACAGUGAAUAAAUAUUUUUUGCCCACAUCGGUAUAUUAAUCUUACAUAAUGAAGUUUAAAAACAUGUGUGCCUAGUGUUUCAGUGGCUUGUUAUUGGAAUUUAACUUGAAGAUUGUCCAUAAGAAAAAGUAGUGCAAAACCCGAGAGCAGCAUGUGGCCGGGCAAGAGGGGAGGGGAGAGCGGGGCGGGGACCCCGACGGCGGAAGAGGAAAUCAAAGUGGUGCUCGUUGGAGACACGCAGUGCGGGAAGACUUCACUAGUGCAGAGAUUCGUGUCUGACACAUUUAUUGAGGCAUACACACCGACGGGAUUUGAAAAAUACGGAUACACCUGUACAGUAGCCGAUUAUAGAGUCAACUUCUCAGUUUGGGAUACCUCCGGCACCCCAGCAUACGACACAGUUCGGCCGCUGGCUUACCAGGACGCGAAGGUUUUCAUGUUGUGCUUCAACGUCGCCGAACCUGACUCCUUGCACAAUGCUGCGGCGAAGUGGUACAGAGAAGUCCGGACCCACGGCGGCUCCGCCCCCGUCCUGCUGUGCGGCUGCAAGGCCGACCUGAGACACGACAAAGAGACCCUCACCGUGCUCUCCAAGCUCAAGACGCACCCGGUCACCAGCGAAGAGGCAUUAUCCGUGGCACGUCAGUUGGGCGCGACGACGUACGUGGAGACAUCAGCUCGAGCGUCCAGUAAGGGCGUGAAGGAUGCCUUCGAGGUGGCCGCGCUGGCUGCGUUGGGGAAACUCAACAAGCAGCAGAUGAAACAACAGCAGAAACAAGUCGGUCGCAGCAAAAGCAAGCGAGAUCUGAAAGCGGAGCUGAAGGGCCGAGCGAAGAGCUGUUGCGUCAUGUGAUCCGUAGCCGGCCACCCGUCGCGGUGGCCGCACGACUGCUAGGCGACCACCGCCCUUCUAGAGCCUUCUAGAACCUUCCAGAACUUUCCAGAAACUAAGCAGAAACUUCUGGCAAAAGAAUUUCUACAAGGUUCGAAUACUCGCCGAAACGAAAAUUUUAAAAGUUCGAUUUUCAAAUGAGCUUUUCGCUCACGUUGGCACUACGUGUUUGCAUAUUUGAACAGCGUUCCGUAAAAAGAAAAACAGUUUUAAGAGUUUCGCGCCAAAAGAAGCGAACACGUGCUAUUUAAAAAUUAUAAAGCUGAUUUCUAGCUUGUGUAAGUAUAAAAGACAAUUUUGCUACAAGGUGCGUUCGAACGCGACACAAUAAUAAUAAUUCGAAGUAUGUUGUAAAUGUAAAGAAAUGAAUUGUGUCUUUCGGUCUAGUGGGAUAUUUAAUUAUUAAAUAAUUAAGGAUUUUGGUGAAAUUACGUUAGUGAAAUACAAUGCCUAAACGUGGACGGUGAGGGGGUUUUCGCACUGCUCCAACGAAUGACGGAUCCGAAAUGGCCGUAAAUAUAUUUGUAUGGAGCCAUCCAUCCGAUAUCUAAUAUACUGUCCGUCAUUCUCGGACUCGGAUCGGAUAAUAAUCGUACGUGGUGUGAAUACGCCCUAAACGUAAUCAUUGGAGUGGAACAAAGUUCGGUCGAAAAUCGAUUGUGAUGAAAAUCGAUCGAUUUUCCUUUUAAACGAUUAUUGCAUGUAAUAUCUGAAAUAUCAAAGGUGCAAUGUUUAGCCCUCAGGGUUAGGAGCGUAAAAUGCCUGUGAUAAAAAUGUAAAAAAGUAAGUUCUUAUAAAACGACUAGACAAAAUUAAAUGGGUUUCAAAAGGCUCAGACGCUCACUUCUCUUGCAUUGGUGUUAAAAAUAUCAUAAAUUAAAAAAAAAUAGUAGAUAUGGCAAUAUUUACAGCUUAAAUUAAAACUUGUAUAAAAAAUGACAAUCGAUAUUACGUAGCGGGAAAUAAGUGUUUUCAUAUACAUUAAAAAAUAAAAAUUAGAAUAAUCGGUGUUUUUCUAUACAUACCUACAUUAUUGUAACAUUUUCAAAAUGUAUUAAAGAAAAAAAUUGUAAGAAAAAAAAUACUUUCUGGAAACUUAGUUAAAAUUAUUUUAUGGUAGGACCAAAGUUCUCGUUUUAAAAUUUAAGUGGGAGGCUUUAUAGGUAGAAAUAAAUUUAAAUUUUAGUAAACGGUUGCGGUAGACCACUUUAAAAAAAUAUUUUAAAUGAGCUACAAGCUAAUUUGUUUGUGAUAUGUAUGAUAUACAUAUUUUUUGUGUAUCGGUUGAUGUUAGCGUUUAGGUUGGCAGUACUGGCUGUUAUUUGAUUCGUUAUCUCAACUUAAAAAACCAAACAUGCUUACCUACUGUUUAAAUUCCAUGCGAAAGGUUAUUACAAAUAUUUUCAAUAAAAUCUUAGAACUAACCAAUAAAAAUAAAAGGCAAAAUAAAAUAAAAUCUUACGAAUAAUUUAAGAAAGCACCAGUACAGCCAACAUAACAGCAACAUUGACUGUUUAUAAUUUGAAAUUUGGAAUAAUAAACCCAAAUGCACAAUGGCGGACAAUAUUAUUAUAUACGGAGGUCCAUUUUGCUAGUAGUUCCACGUCCAUUGCAAUGUUAGACUAGAUUUUUGUACGUUGGUGUUAAUAUUAAAUCGCGUGUACGUUGCUCUAUUUCUUCUCCUUAUUUCAUAAUAAAACUGUUUUGUUAUUUUAUGAAGUUUUAAAGAAAAAUACAAGAUCCGGAAAUACAACUAAGUACUAAAUGAUUCAAGCAGAUAUUUCUUUUUUCUUCUGGCUUCCAAA